AUGGGGAAGGCGCUUUUGUGGACGUGGGGGGAAAAGGAGGUUGGGGAUGGUGUUAAGGAGAAUGUGUAUGCGGAGGAUGGGAGGAAGGUGAGGCAGGGGUAUCGGUAUAAGUAUGCUAAUAGGAAUGGUAAGGGUAAUGGGAGUGCGAGUGCGAGUGCGCGGAGGUGA